GCAGACUUGAUGGAGGAGCACCAGGAGGAGCUGGCCACCAUCGAGUCCAUUGACUCAGGUGCUGUGUACACGUUGGCCCUCAAGACACACGUCGGCAUGUCCAUUCAGACCUUCAGAUACUUCGCCGGCUGGUGUGACAAGAUCCAGGGCAAGACGAUUCCCAUCAACCAAGCCAGGCCCAAUCGCAACCUGACCUUCACUAAGAAGGAACCACUGGGUGUGUGUGCCAUCAUCAUCCCAUGGAACUACCCUCUCAUGAUGCUGGCGUGGAAGAGCGCCGCCUGCCUCGCAGCUGGGAACACGCUCGUCCUUAAACCCGCACAGGUCACUCCGCUGACGGCGCUGAAGUUUGCUGAGCUGUCAGUGAAAGCUGGCAUUCCGAAAGGAGUCAUCAACAUUGUGCCAGGCUCAGGUGGCAUGGUGGGACAGCGUUUGUCCGAGCACCCAGACAUCCGCAAGCUGGGCUUCACUGGCUCCACACCGAUUGGCAAACAGAUCAUGAAGAGGUACGACCUGAUAUCUCAUUGCUUGGUUGAUCUGAAG